UGAGGGGAACGUACCGGUUUGUUCGCGGAGCGCGAGCGGGAGUGUUGGAAGGUGCGGUGCCAGGAAGCGGUGUGCGGGCGCAGCAGUGCGGUACAUACGGCCUUGGGCGGAACGUGAACAUCCAGUGCCUGCCGUAGCUCGGCCAGGAGUGGUGUGCGGUUAGCAUCCAGUAUUCCCUUGUGGUGUGCUCGGUUCCCUUCUCAGGAGUGUUCGAGGACCGGUCUUGGUCCGACAAGGAGACAGCUUGCGGUCGUAUAUCCGGCGUCGGCAGAGUACAGUACCAUUCGUCACUGAAAUUACGUGGUCUGUCGUCACUGUCAGCUCCAGGAUGACCGGCACUGUGGAGUUCCAGCGGCUGCCCAAGACGGUAGCGCCGCGCCACUACACCCUCCACCUGCACCCGGACCUCGUCCAGCUGACCUUCACCGGCCACGUCAUCUGCGACCUGGAGGUGAAGUCGUCAUGCAGCAGCAUCGUCUGCAACGCGGCCGAGCUGGACAUCGUCAGCGUGACGGUGACGCGGGACGGCGUCAGCUGCUCGCCGCGCUGGGAGGUCAGCGUCGACCAGGAGACGCUCACGUGCCACCUGGCCGAGCCGGUGCCGCCGGGGCCGCUGCAGAUGCGCGUGGACUUCUCGGCGCCGCUUACCGACAAGAUGCGCGGUCUGUACCGCUGCAAAUACACCAGUCCGUCCGGUGAGGAGCGGUACGCCGCGGCCACCCAGUUCGAAGCGACGGACGCCCGUCGCUGCUUCCCCUGCUGGGACGAGCCGGCGCUCAAGGCCACCUUCGACAUCACACUGGUGUCGCCGCGUGACCGCGUGGCCCUCUCCAACAUGCCGGUGGCCCGCGAGGAGGAUCACCCGGAGCAGAAGGAGCUGAAGGUGGUGCACUUCGCCACCACGCCCGUCAUGUCCACCUACAUCAUCGCCUGCGUGGUGGGCGAGUUCGACCACAUCGAGACCACGUCCGAGGACGGCGUCUGCAUUCGCGUCUACACGCCGGUCGGCAAGAGCGAGCAGGGACGCUUCGCCCUGGACUUGGCGGCCAAGAUCCUGCCGUACUACAAGGGCUACUUCGGCACGGCGUACCCGCUGCCCAAGAUGGAUCUGAUCGCCAUCCCCGACUUCGCAUCUGGUUGCAUGGAGAACUGGGGUCUGGUGACCUUCCGCGAGACCUGCAUCCUGGGACCUGUGAACACGUCGACGGCGCGGCGCCAGUUCUGCGCCCAGGUGGUGGGCCACGAGCUGGCUCACAUGUGGUUCGGCAACCUCGUCACCAUGGAGUGGUGGACUCACCUGUGGCUGAACGAGGGCUAUGCCGAGUUCGCCAUGUACCUCAGCACCGACUACCUGUUCCCCCACUACAAGAUCUGGAUGCAGUUCGUCUCCGAGUGCUACAUGGGCGCGCUGGCCACCGACUCGCUCAGGACGUCCCACCCGAUCGAGGUGCCGGUCAGUAACCCGGCCGAGGUGGAUGAAAUCUUCGACGGCAUCAGCUAUGACAAGGGCGCCUGCGUCAUCCGCAUGCUGCACGAGUUCCUCGGCCACGAGGACUUCAAGCGCGGCAUGAACCUGUACCUGCGCCGGCACCAGUUCGGCAACACGUUCACCGAGGACCUAUGGGCGGCGCUGGAGGAGGCCAGCGGCAAGCCGGUGGGCGACGUCAUGUCCUCCUGGACCCGGCAGCGGGGCUACCCGGUGGUGUCCGUCGCCGAGCGGCAGGAGGGCAACGCGCGCGUCAUCACCGCCUCACAGCGCCGCUGCCUGGCCGACGGCAAACCGGACGCCGAUGACCAGAUGUGGAUGGUGCCGCUGUCGUUCAGCUCCAGCAAGUCCCCAUCCGAGACCAUCCACAAGGUGAUUCUGGAUACGAAGUCAACGGAGGUACGACUGGAGAAUAUCGCCCCCGCAGACUGGGUCAAGGUCAACCCCGGCUCGGUUGGCUUCUACAGGGUGCAGUACCCGCCUGAGAUGCUGGAGCAGUUCAAAUCGGCCAUCGCCAGCAAGGUUAUGCCACCGCUUGACCGCAAUGGCCUCGUGGACGACCUGUUCGCCCUGGUGCAGGCGGGCGACUCGAGCACGGUGGACUUCCUGCGGCUGGCGGCGUCGUUCCGUGACGAGGACGAGUUCACCGUGUGGUCGUGCCUGCUGAGCUGCCUGCGCCGCCUGCGGCCGCUGCUGCAGCACACGGACAUGGUGGAGCCGUACCACGCCUACUGCCGCCGUCUGCUGCAGGCCAUCCACGCCCGGCUCGGCUGGCACCAGCAGGACGGAGAGAGCCACAUGACGACCCUGCUGCGGCCGCUGGUGAUCGCCCACCUGGUGUCGUUCGACGACGAGGUGGUGCUGGCCGAGGCGGAGCGGCUGUUCCGCGCGCACCUGGACGGCGGGGGCGUGCUGCACGCCGACCUCCGCUCGGCCGCCUACCGCGCCGUGCUCAAGCGCGGCGGCAAGGAGGAGUACGCCAUGAUGCUCAAGCUGUACCGGGAGGCUGAGAUGCACGAGGAGAAGAACCGGAUCGCGCACGCGCUCGGCUCAAUCCCGGACGUCUCGCUGCUCUCCAGCGUGCUCGAGUUCGCACUUUCGGACGAGGUGCGAGCCCAGGAGUCGGUGUUCGUCAUGAUCUCGGUCUCCUCGAACCGGAUAGGACGCGACCUCACCUGGGACUUCUACAAGCAGAACUGGCAGAUCCUCUGCGACCGGUACAAGGGCCGCCUGCUGGCUCAGCUGGUCAAGUCGCUGACGGACGACUUUUGCACGCUGGAGCGCGCCGAGGAGGUGGAGCAGUUCUUCUGCCAGCACCCGCACCCGGGCGCCGAGCGCAGCAUCCAGCAGGCGCUGGAGACCAUCCGCCUCAACGCUGCCUGGCUGCAGCGCGACCGCGACGCGCUGGCCCAGUACCUGGCGCAGUGUCAGUAGCCGCCGCCAGGGGCGCUGUCGGCCCGGCGAGGUUCCGGUGGCGGCCGCAGCGCGGCACUGCUGGCGUGCGACGCGGGUUUGCGCGUGGCGGUCGAUGGCGAGCGAGAUGGGAGGUGCGAGCGGGGGGCGCAGAGUGGGCCUGGAAGGGGUGUCGCCCAUCCAGUAGUGACGGCUUAGCGCGAAAAAAAUGAAUUUGCAGGUAUGUUUGAUUAGCACUAUGCUUGCAUGCAUUUGAUAUUGAUGGCACUGUCGCAUCCCACCAUGUUGUUUAUCAAGUCAUGUGUUUGGGUCGAUUUUCCAGGCAUGUUUGAUACUAUAGCAUAAUUCAUUUGCAUAGCCCGCAGCAUAAUUGUUACAGACUGAAUGUUAAUAGAGUUCUGGUGCAAAGCCUGUGAUGCAGGUUAAUGAAAACCUCGGUGGGGAACCUGCGGUGUGGUGCGGGUUAUACCUUUGCAAUGUACGAACCGGAAGGUUUUUUAUGUUGUAAUUGAAAAUUCCGUUGUGUGCCGGCAGCUAUUUCCCGUGGGACAGUUAAGUAUCACUACAUGUUGGAUUUGGUUGUGUGUUGUACAAAGCAAGUACUCAGUCCAGUUCAAAUGGCUGCUUGCAUGCUAGUUUUGCUGGUGUUGCUCCUAUUUGCGAAGCUUGAGUACAACUGUUCGAUCAAAUAUUUGUUGAUUUUUCUGUUUCCAUCGAAUAAAUGUCAGUUAAUGAUG